AGUUGUGAAAUUAUCAACUGUCAAUUUCAAUUGUCAUUGUCAAAAUGUCAAAUCAAAUGCAUUUGUGAUAUGUGAAUUUGGUUUCACUUUUACCGGUUCAAUUGAUUUUAUUAUAGUAGGAUAUAACUUUAUUGUUUACACUAAAGAAUCUCUCAAAAUGGCGGUUAACAGUGCCACGUCUUUCGUCCUAUCGUCUAUCCUAACCUUGUUGAUAUUUUCUGGAAUGCAAAUGUACAAGCCACUUUUAGUAAGAUCUCCGAUAACAAUUAUAUUUGGUGGCUAUUUGGGAUCUAUUAUGUUCAUGUUCUUUGUUACUGCUAUAGGUAACUUGGAAGCUACACUGUUUGGUAAAAACUUCCAGCUGAAACUGCCAGAGAUUGCAUUGUCAAUGCUCAUUUCACUCAUUGCAGCUGGCAUGGUGCACAGGAUUUGUUUUACUACAUGUUUAAUAUUCUCACUUAUAACUAUCUACUACAUGAAUAAGCUGUCACAGAAAAUGUAUGUUACGGCACCAGCAGCCCCUGCACCUGUGAAGAAUCGUCGCCAUAAAUAGAGUUAAAUAUUUGUCAUAUUUUCCUAAUAAAUAUUUUAAUAAUACAUA